GACCCGCAUCGACCGAGCCGCAACGCCACUGCAACCAAAACCAGCCGACGACCGUUCGUACAACCCAAGAAGGGGCGCAAUGCCGGCGCGGCGGGGGCGGCCCAGGAAGGGCGACCGCCGGAUCGACGCGGCCAUCGACCACUUCACCGUCAUGGGCUACGCGGCGCGCGACGUUAAGGCCGUCGUCACUGAUCUCCUCAAGGUGUACGGGGGGCCUGAUGCGUGGCCCUUACUGGAGGAAGGUGGCUCCUACCAGGUUGUGCAAGAGAGGCUCUUCGAGAUCGAGGAGAAGGAGAAGGAGAAGAAGGACCAGCAGCUGCUGCUGGAGUAUCACCAACAGCAGGAUGGCCAGCAAGUGGAGGAUGAGCUUCCUCAGCACCAAGAACCAGCAGCAGAUGAGGAAGCGGAAGACCCUAUGUUCAUUGAACCACAAGAUACCAUAUCAAUUUCAAAUGAGGCACCAGCAGAGACUAAGUCAGCAGAUAAGGAAGUGGAAGACCCUAUGUUCAUCGAACCGCCUGCUCGUGAAGCUGCAUUGGCACUUAAUGCUGCUAGGACUGGCCCAAGGCGACCCUGCUAUGGAUGGCUUAGUGAGUCAGAAGAUGAGGAAGAGGAACAACCUACUUGUCAAAAACAUGAGGUGCAUGUUCCAAGUCCAGGAGAGCAAGCCCAGUAGAUGGACGGCUGAUACCAACCUGUCAAGGUCCAUGAUGCUCCACUAAGAUGCAGAAGUCUUGGUGUCGCAGACCAAAAACUUUACUUUCAGAAGCCUUUUACACAAGGCUACCAGUAUAGCAGAAGUAUCUGACAAUAUAGAACGUGUGCUUGAUGUGUGUUAAGUAACAAUAUAGAACCUGUUUAAGUAGAGCAUGUUCCACCUGUUUAAAUGAGAGCCAACUUUGAUUGGAGCAGUCUGCAGUGACAUAAUUAGAAGCUGAGAAUAAGAGCUUAACUUAGAUUGAAGUAGUGACAUAAUUUUAGAAGGUGAGAUGAUGUUUAAUCGGUUAAUCUAGGCGUUGAAAUGCUUAUGCAUUAGUGGAAAAGGUUGUUGAUAGGAGACUACAGAGCUGGUGACGUUUCUGUCAAUUUACAUCCUUUUUCUGUCAGUGCAAAAACAAAAGAUUCCGUUGCCUUGA